AUGAAGUUCACAAUUAGCUUGUUUGUAGCUUUGAUGAUGGCCAUCUCAGUCCAAAGUGAUGGUAUUCCGACUAUUUCACCCUUUAAAUGCAAGGGUGACAAGGGAAAGCCCGAACCCAGUUGCAUACUCAGACAAAAGGAUGGAUCUGGAACUCCCACCUAUUUUGUUGUGCUUGCCCCCGCUUUUGAUAAAACAACUAAUUCCUGCCAGAAUGUGCUAAUCCAAAACAAGCCUGCAACAGAUACUGGUUGCUGCGCCACUGGUACCUCACCUGUGGGCAAACCUGCACAAAAAGGAAUGAAAGAAAAUGAUUACAAGAAAGUGUGCACAAAGGCUGAUGAUAGUACAGGUGGUGCAACUGGAAGUGGGACCUCAAUGCCUGUACCGCAGUGA